AUGAAACAAAAUUGGGAGGAAUCAUCGGAAUUCCUGACAGAAUCAGAAUUUAAAGAUUUACAACAAAUAUUCUCAAGCUCCCUUGAACUUAAAAAAUUGAAAACGUGGAAAAACAUUGACAAUGAUGCAGAUAUAUUGCUACACAAUCUUUCAAAGGUGAAUUUUCAAAAAUUGCAACAAAUGGGAGAAUCUAUGCUUUCAGAAGGAACUCAGGGAACAUUAGAAUUACUAAGAACAUUGUUAAAAGAUGAAGAUAAUAAUAAUGCUUAUGAGAAAAAUGAUAAAAUCAAACAGAUUAAAAGAUUAACAAAGAAAGCAAAGACAAAAGUUAAUGAGAGAGUUCAAAAACUUAAAGAGAAAGUUAAUGCGAUCAAAGAAAAUUUCAAAACUUACAUUUUGCAAGAGUUUGAAAGUCACAUUUUAAAGCAGUAA